GAGAUGGUUCAUUUGUUGAUGCGAAUCAUCGCCUUUCGUCUACGUGAAAUUGCGCAUGUACUCACCAUCACUAGGCGGUGUCUCUUUUCCGCAAGCUCAGCCCGAGUCAAUUGAUGCUCAUGCGCGACAUCCGACUGUCCCUCAGCUGCGCUGUUCUCCGCGACGUCAUUGGAUGACUCACUGCCCGUGUGCCCUAUGAGGCUCGUCACUUUCCAAUCUCUUCGCGAUGGCAUUUUGGCAACGCUGUAAGCUGUACGGCAGCUUAUGGCCGUCGCGGUGCGGUGGAUUGAAGGCAUGAAAAUCCAGGGCAACACCACGCGAAGCAUCUCAGAUGCGUUCUUGAGUGUGAGUCAACAAGCAGCUGACACGCCCUGAUCUCUCGUCCGAGCUCUGGUGUAUCGCAGGUCGCACUGGCCCUCCAAUGCGGCUCGAGGACUGAAUUUACCGAACAAGGGACCGUAGCUCGCUAGGCGAGACACGCCGGCAGGAGAUUGGCGUUGCUCAGCAUGCUCCACAUCCGCCACGGACGACCACAGCUGGUGAGACAAGGUGGCGAAGCUGCAUGAGUAAGAAGGGCACAUUGGGAAGCUGGCCUCGGCGAAAGAAAUGCAAGAAAACGCUUUCAUUCCGGUCCGUCUGCAGGACUCGCAUUCCUGCGCCGAGUGAAAUGCUCACCGCCGCAUGCGCCCCGCCGGUACGCGGGCCGUUUCAGUCAUCCAACUUUCUUCUUGCCGCGCGCUUUCCCUGCACCUCUUCCUUUUGCCAUCAGGCUAGUCGUCAAGCACCACCGCCAUAGCCUCAAGCAUCAAGGGUCUGCUUUCGUAGCCAGCUAGACAUUGUCCUAUGCGGUCCACGUAAGCAGUCGAAGCCGGACCACGCGUAUGGGCGCCCAAAGUCGCCCUUGGCAGUUGGAGAUUGCCUCUACGCGGCUUGGCAACCGGAGGGCUCGCCUCUCUAUCAUUCAUCUACGAGUUGCAGAAAAGAGAACACCGCGUGCAUGCGCUGGGCGGACGAUCGCAAAUUGACGGCCGCCUUCACCCGCUGGUUCACAACGAAGGGCGGAGAUGAACCGUCUCGGCGAGUUCAUGGUCGCAGACGUGGCAGGCACGACUCAGUUGCCACUGGGUCUAUCUUGCGAGUACCCGCGUGCCAAGCCAUUGGUGAUUCCUUAUCAGUGAUGACGCCACUUCUGGAUGGCGGAAGCUGAUUGCUGCGAGUAGAUGCGGGGGCAGCUGGACUAUGCAGUGAUUUGGCUCCUGACCUCCUGGCCGCCACGCGGGCCGCGAACUAGCGCAGACAGAUCGACACAAGGCGGCUUCGAAAUGAAGAAUCGUGAAUGCGUGUCCGACCGGGAUGUCGCCACGAAACAUUUAAAUAAGGCCUUCCUUGAAUCGUCUUGGAGCGUCCACUGCCAGGGGUUUGUCCCGUCUCGAGCAUCUUUUAUUCGCCUCUGUCAGUGCUGGUCACUGGCUCUCGCUAUUCUACAAACUUCGUUCGGGUCAAGUAUCUGAGCAGGCCUCCGACAGCACGCCGACUUUCAAACAGCCUUUUGCGAGCUGAAACACAACUCAACGAACAAAUCGACUUCUGCUCCCUAGGCCGGCGCGCUAAAGGAGACUCAGAGUUUCGCUGGCCAAGAUGCGGCGAACUCUGCUGGCCUACCAUGGUCUUGCCGCAGCACUUUUGAUUUCUUACAGUGCGUUUGCAUUCCUUUGCACCGCUGCACAGGAUGACACACCACGCAUUCAGGCUCAGUCAAGUUCAGCACGCUUGCAACGCCGCGGCUUCGGGCCGAAGGCAUUCUUCAAGUGGGCGAGUCGAACGUUCACCAAGACGCGUCCACGGUCUGCGUUGGGCGACCAGUCCGCACUGAGCCCUGCGGGAUCCAGUCCGGAGCGUUUUCCUCUUCACUUCAGUCCAAGCCCCACCAGCUCGUUCUCACGGCCGUUGAUGCUCACAAAGUCCAGGUCUGACGCUUUCAACGUAUGGCGUGCCGCACCAAGAAGAAGCCGCAGUAGCGACGCUGAUACCCUAAGCAACCCUCUUAGCCCAGCGAGCCUCAAGAAAAAAUGGAGUGCUUUCAUCAAUCCUUCUCGCGCCAGGGUCAAGAAAGCAGUAGCGUCGUUGAACCCUGUGCUUGAUCGAUCCGUCUCAGCACCCCGCAACUCUAGGCCUGGCAGCCCGAUUCCAGCAAGCCUUGAGACGAUGUCGCGAAAUUCCGUGUCUGAGUUUUUGAGCAGACAAGGUGAAUCGUCGAAGACUUUGAUCAAGCGACAGGCCGCGCAUGUGAGACUCUGGGGCCACAAGAUCACUCUGCACCGACGCG